CCGCUUUUUCUUGUUAUUGUUUACUCUCACACUGUCACAUGCAUAAGUAAAUAAAUCCAGAAUUUAAAGCAAAAUGAGUUUAUUAUGGGCAGAUAAAUACCGUCCAAAGGAUUUGGGCACCCUGGAUUAUCAUAUACAGCAAGCGCAAGAACUGAAAAACCUUGUGGCAAGUAGCGAUUUUCCACACUUACUAAUCUAUGGCCCCAGUGGUGCUGGCAAAAAAACUCGAGUUAUGUGCAUCCUGCGAGAGUUAUUCGGACCCGGUGUCGAACGACUGAAGAUAGAAACAAUAACAGUUGUAACCCCCUCAAAUAAAAAGGUAGAAAUCAUGACUGUAAACAGCACUUAUCAUAUUGAAAUAAACCCUUCAGACGUGGGCAUAUACGACAGAGUUAUAGUAAUGGAUUUGAUCAAGAAUAUUGCUCAAACCCAGCAGAUAGCUACGACGAAUAAUCAGAGGGAAUUUAAGGUUGUAGUUCUUACUGAGGUUGAUAAUUUGACUAAAGAUGCACAGCAUGCACUAAGAAGAACAAUGGAAAAAUAUUCGGGGAAUUGCAGACUGAUCCUUUGUGCUACAUCCUUGUCACCUGUCAUACCUGCUAUUCAAUCUCGUUGUUUACCCAUUAGAGUACCUGCACCGAGUACUACAGAAAUAUCUACAAUUUUAAAAAAAACAUGCAAAAACGAAGGACUCACCCUAACAACCACCCUAGCAGACAAAAUAGCAGCCUCAGUAAAUGGUAACUUACGCAGAGCCCUAUUGAUUUGUGAGACUUGUAAAGUGGAAGGCAACUUAAUAGAAAAUAGACCAAUUCCCCAGCCAGAUUGGAAGAGAUUUAUUGAGCGGACUUCCGAUUUAAUAACUUCACAACAAAACCUCACCACCUUAAUCGCUGUAAGGGAACACUUAUAUGAAUUGCUCGCCAAUGGAAUACCACCCGAAAUUGUUCUGAAGGAAUUGUUGAUCUCUUUGGUCUUAAAGUGUGAUAGGGACAUGGUUCCGCAAGUAUUAAGAGAGGCGGCCAUAUAUGAACAUAGGAUGACCCAAGGUAGUAAGCAUAUUGUCCAUUUGGAAGGAUUUGUAAGUAAGUUUAUGGUUAUGUAUCAAAUCAAUUUGCAAAAUAUGAUGAAAGGUUUCUAGGUUAAGUUAAUCUUGUUAAAUACUUUUUUAUGUCUCUUUUUUUAAUAAAAUAUGUUUUUUUCA